AUGGAAGUAGGGGAGUCUAAGGCAAGAGAGGGAGGGACCGCAACCGGGGUCGAGAGUGUGGGGGUGGAGGUAUUCAAGUUGCCCGUGAGACCAGCUCCGAGACCAGACUCCGAGAAGCCACCUACAGAUACCGUCCAAGUGAUAAACCACGACAAAGACGGCGUCCGCGGUGCACUGCCUCCAACAACGCCGCAUCCGGAGCCGCACACCAGGUCCGGCGAGCAGAAGAAGAAGACCAUCUCACUAGAACCCACCCACGACAUAUACACGCACUACGCGAUCCCCCUCCUCACCCUAAGCAGCCAGCACCGCAUCCUCCCCUUCGCCGACUGGGCCAACCGACUCGACGCCUUCGCCACCGUCGAAAAGAUCGCCGAAGCCUCCUUCAGCGAAGUCUACCGCCUCCGGGCGCGCGCCGCACUCCCCAGCCGGCACGCCAAUGAAUCCGUCCUCAAAGUCGUCGCGCUGCGAACACCACCGAACGCCCCGCUACCAAGCGAACAUUAUCAUGAUUAUCAUCUAACCCGACAGCUCAAGACAAAAGCAGACAUGAAGAAGCAACUAGCAAAAGAAAGAGCCAAGCGGCAGCAAGACGACGAGUGGAAAUCGCACGUCGACGACGUCCACGGCGAAGUCCGGUUACUCCAGAACCUCAACCACAUACCCGGCUUCACGCAGUUUCGCGAAGUCACGGUGCUGCAGGGGCGGCCUUCUGAAUCGUUUGUGCGCGCGUGGAGGGAGUGGAAUAAACCGAGACCGAAAGAGAAGAAGAGCCAGUUCCCGGACCCGGGGAGGAAGACUAGCUACGAGGAUACGCAGCUCUGGGCUGUCAUCGAGAUGCAGGACGCGGGGACCGAUUGCGGCAACGUCAUUGAAGCCGGGGGUAUCAGGUCCAUCUGGGAGGUGUGGGAUGUUUUCUGGGGCGUGUGUUUGAGCGUGGCGAAGGCCGAGGAGGCGUGCAGGUUUGAGCAUAGGGAUUUGCACAUGGAUAACAUUUGCGUGAGGGUGAAGGGCAAAGAGGGAAGCGAGAGUGUGACCGAGGUCGGCGUGAGGAAUCCGUUGAAGAGGAAGUUGGGUUUCACGGAGCUGGAGACGACGGUCAUCGAUUACACGUUAUCGCGGGCUGAUAUCAUUGUCGGUGUCGGUGCUGGUGGUGGGACGUUGGGCUCCGCGGCGUCGUCGCCGGCGUCCUCUUGUGCGGAUUCUUCGCGUCUGAGCGAUAGCGACGAUGCUAUGACACGGCAAGUUGAAGUUGCGUACCUGGACCUCAACAAGGACCCCUCCCUUUUCGAAGGCGACGCACAGGAAGAAUACCAGUACGAAAUUUACCGCUACAUGUGGGGUAUAGUCUUCCACAACGAUCCCCUACGGCAGGAUCCUGCCGUCGACGAGGGCGACGACGAAGUCACCGGCAAAAGGGAAUCGCAAUCGCAAACGCGAACCCAACGUCAGGACUAUGGGCCCGAGACGCCUCGGAAACACGGCCCUGUGCCACAGACGCCGCAGCGAGGUAACCACACCCGCCGUCCCCCAGUAAAAGAACUAUGGAAGCAUUUCCACCCCAAAACCAAUCUCAUCUGGACACACUUCAUCCUGCACUCCCUCCUCCGCCAUCUCUCAUCCCACGGCAACGAACCCUCCACUUUGACCCCAUCGAGCAUCAUGCGGGGUAUCCAAGGCGUGCAUCUCGAUCCGCGUAGCCCGGAAGUCUAUGCCGCGGUCAGCGAGAAGAUAUACAAGAAGGCCGUCACCUUGCACAGGAUCCUGGUCAAGGUGGCCGGGUUGCUGGAACCGAGUGCGUUGGGGAGGAGGAGCAAGUUGGGAUCCGUGAGGGAUUUGGUCGUUGUGGCGUUGGAGAUGGGGUGGUUGGGUGUGAGGGAUGUGGAGGGGAGGUAG